ACACGUUAGGAGUAAUAAUGCAUUAUUUUACAUAAGAGGUUUUGAGUUUUGACGAAAGGGUAUAAGUAAGGUGAGAGACAACCAGAAGCAGUAAGUGUCCAAAUUAAGAAGGAAUCCCCAUUUUCGGGAAACCAACGAAACAAAACAAGAAACGUUUUCAUUUCAGAAUUCAGACACACACACAUACACUUUCUAAUUUUCACUAUUUAGUACUCGCCUCUCUUCCAUUUCAAUUUCAACUCAAAACCCUCCUCGCUAAUUUUUUGUGGCUAUUGAAUUGAGAUCUAGUAGUAUCGAAUUCAAAGAACAAAAAUAAACAUGGAUCAGUUACAAAGAAAGCUACGUGACCACGAAGCUGCUAUGUUUCGCCAGGAUUAUCUGGAUGAUCAGUUCAGUCAGCUUCAGAAACUGCAAGAUGAAAGUAGUCCAGAUUUUGUGAUUGAGGUUAUGACUAUGUUCUUUGAUGAUUCUGAGAAAUUACUCAACAACAUGUCACGUGCUCUAGAGCAAGUACCUGUGGAUUUCAAACAAGUAGAUGCUCAUGCCCAUCAACAGAAGGGAAGUAGUGCCAGUGUUGGUGCUGCUAGAGUUAAAAAUGUUUGUGGCACCUUCAGAAAUUUUUGUGAGGCUCAGAACCUGGAAGGGUGUAUUAGAUGUUUACAACAAUUACAACAGGAAUACUCUCUACUGAAGACCAAUCUUCAAUACCUAUUUAGGCUGCAGCAAGAAAUCAAGGCCGCCGGUGGUUCUAUUCCCACCGUGGAGUGAGAGGUGACAUGUUUGACAGCAGUUGAAAUCGAUAAAAAGAAAAUGAAGCUUUUGAUUUAGCAGCUGAUUUUGUUCGUUUUGGUUUUUGCUGGACUACUCUCCUAAAUUAGAGCAAGUUUGAAUGUUGGGAUAGUGCUGAUGUGAAUAAGCAUUUCUUGCUUAGUUUGAUACGUAUUUAUGAUAUAUGAUAUGAUUUUUACCCUAUAAACUGGUGACUAAUUUGAAGUUUCAUGUUUACUCAAAAUACAAUAAUAUUUAUUGUUGAUUGUUGCUGUUAUAUGAUUCAAAAUCACACGAUGUAUUUGUGUUCUAUAUAUAUAUAUAGUUAUGAAGCUGUGUAAUUGUAAAA